AUGCCUCCGAACCCGCAGCAUGCGAUAACUUUCCGCCUCAUGUUGUCGAGCAGCGCAUCGGACCACAUAGGAUGGGGCAGGCGCUGGCCCACCUGGUGGGAGGCCGACACCAUCGGAGAGGCAGAUGCUUUCUGCUUAGAUGCGCUCAAGCGUCUGGACCAGCUGAGCAUCGGGAGCAGGCGAGGGGCGCCACCCGCCAACAUGAUCCGGAACGUCACGCGGGAGCUCGAAGCGGCCAACGAGGCAGUCGGUGACCAGGAGGAUGUCUGCGACGUGGCCCUCGUGCACAAGUUGGAGGCGGAGUCGGAGGUGCGCGUCGCCGGGCCGCCCCAGAGGUCGGCGAAGAGGCGCGAGGAGGUGGUCGAGGUCUUCAUGGGCUGGCAGAAGCGCGCAGCGCAGCAGGGCGCGUCCCGCCUGCGGGCCCUUCGGGGCGAGUCGAAUGUUCUGCUGUACCGGGUCGCGUUCGCGCAGGACGAGCUGGUGCGCGCCCGCCGCGAGCGGGCCAACAUGGGCCUGCGCCCGAAGAACGUGCGGGCGGCCCGGUUCGUGGCCCGAUCAGGACCAUCCGCCAGUACCUCGAGGGUGAGCUCAUCCCCAGGCGCGAGGAGCUGGAGCAGGAGAUCGGAGCCCUUCCUGGGCACAGUGAGCAGUCGCAGGCGGCGGCGGGGAGCCUGA